CCUCCCGCUCGGCUGGGACCCCAGAGCUAGAGCCGGGCUGCGGGGGGGGGCACCCCAGGGCCUGCCUCCCACUCCCGCGUGGGCAAGGAGCCCCCCAAAGCGGCCGUGACCCAGCGCUGAACGCCCUGCAGGGGGCAUGCCCCCAGCUACCGUGUGCCGAGCCCCCUCCCGCACGGGGGAGGCAGACUGUGCCCGGCUCCUAAGUACAGAGACCGCAACGCCCUGAGUUGGGACUCGGACCCUAGGAACAGGAACAUCUGCAAACCAGCUAGUGGGGCCCAGAGAGUAAAGGGAUCACCACACUUUCUCUGAACCAGAGCUACCUGGGGAGGAAUGACCCCGAUACUCAAAGACUGACACAUCCUGUGGACUGGAUAUCAUUGGGGAAAAAAGCCUGUAAAUUUCACUUGCUACUUCAUUGGAAUUUAGCAUAACAUUAGUGAUUACUUGUACCCUCCAAACCAGUCAAAUCUUUAUGCCUGGAACAUAUUUGUCGUUUAGACUUCUGUUUUAGUACCAUGCCUAGCAGAAUGGGAUCGAAAAUGAAUCUCAACAGAGACUUCAUCAGAGUAAAAGCACAUUAUAAUGGGGACAUCUUAAUAACAAAUUUGGAUGCAUCAAUGAACUAUGGUGAACUUUCUGAUGAAGUGAGGGAGAUGUGCAGUUUGCAACAGGAACAGCCAAUUACUCUCAAGUGGAUUGAUGAUGAAGGUGAUCCGUGUACUAUCUCAUCUCAGAUGGAACUGGAAGAAGCCUUCCGUUUGUAUUGUCAUCAUAGAGAUGAAGGGCUCAUUAUUCAUGUUUUCCCCAGCAUUCCAGAGAAACCAGGCAUGCCAUGUCCAGGAGAAGACAAAUCAAUCUACCGACGUGGAGCAAGAAGAUGGAGGAAGCUCUACCGAGUGAAUGGGCAUCUGUUUCAAGCCAAACGCUUUAACAGAAGAGCAUAUUGUGGCCAGUGCAGUGAAAGGAUAUGGGGUCUCGGAAGGCAAGGCUACAAGUGUAUCAACUGCAAAUUGCUGGUCCAUAAACGCUGUCACAUACUUGUUCCACUGACCUGCAAAAGGCAUAUGGAUUCGGUCAUGCCUUCCCAGGAACCUCAAUUAGAUGAUAAAAAUGAUGACGUUGACCUCCCCUCAGAAGAAACUGAUGGAAUACCUUACAUUCCUUCAACCCGGAAACAUGACAACAUUAAAGAUGACUCUGAGGAUAUCAAGCCGGUUAUUGAUGGAAUGGAUGGAAUUAAGAUUUCUCAGGGGCUUGGACUACAGGACUUUGACUUAAUCAGAGUUAUUGGACGUGGAAGUUAUGCCAAAGUUCUUUUAGUACGGUUAAAAAAGAAUGAUCAAAUUUAUGCCAUGAAAGUAGUGAAAAAAGAAUUGGUCCAUGAUGAUGAGGAUAUUGAUUGGGUACAGACAGAGAAACAUGUGUUUGAACAGGCAUCCAGUAAUCCAUUCCUAGUUGGUUUACAUUCGUGCUUUCAAACAACAAGUCGAUUGUUUCUUGUCAUAGAGUAUGUAAAUGGGGGAGAUCUCAUGUUUCAUAUGCAACGGCAAAGAAAACUUCCUGAAGAACAUGCAAGAUUUUAUGCUGCUGAAAUUUGUAUUGCUCUGAACUUCCUACACGAGAGAGGAAUAAUCUACAGAGAUUUAAAACUAGACAAUGUUCUGCUAGAUGCAGAGGGUCAUAUCAAGUUAACAGAUUAUGGCAUGUGCAAGGAAGGAUUGGGCCCUGGUGACACUACAAGCACUUUCUGUGGAACGCCAAAUUACAUUGCACCAGAGAUCCUAAGAGGAGAAGAAUAUGGGUUCAGUGUGGACUGGUGGGCUCUUGGUGUCCUGAUGUUUGAGAUGAUGGCAGGAAGAUCUCCAUUUGAUAUAAUAACUGACAAUCCAGACAUGAACACUGAAGAUUACCUCUUCCAAGUUAUCCUUGAAAAGCCAAUCCGGAUUCCAAGAUUUCUCUCUGUCAAGGCCUCUCAUGUCUUAAAAGGAUUUUUAAACAAGGAUCCCAAAGAAAGGCUUGGCUGCCAGCCAGAGACAGGAUUUUCUGAUAUCAAGUCUCAUACGUUUUUCCGCAGCAUAGACUGGGAUCUGCUGGAAAAGAAGCAGGCGACCCCUCCAUUUCAGCCUCAGAUCACAGACGAUUAUGGUUUGGAUAACUUUGAUACACAGUUCACCAGCGAACCUGUGCAGCUAACACCAGAUGAUGAAGAUGUAAUAAAAAGAAUAGAUCAGUCGGAAUUUGAAGGAUUUGAAUACAUUAACCCAUUGUUGCUGUCAACAGAGGAAACAGUAUGAAGGAAUGACAUCUCCAUUGUGGAUAAAUAAUGUGAACGAACUUUAAAUUUAUCCUUAACUACAGUAUAUGCAUGCAAGGCUGAGGAACUGUAAAGUUUUGGAUGGAGACCAAUGAUGAUAAAUACUGCUGCUGAAAAUCAAAGAUGAGAAUAUGAUUUUGGUGGGUGUCUUCCUCUAAAUAUUGGUUUUUAAAAGUUUUGGGCACUGACACAACUGGCUUCAUUAAUGAAGGAAUUUGCAUUUGUGCCUGUCUCGUGAAGGAUCAAAGUGUUCAUUGCAUCCUCUGGAAAAGAGAGAUUCCGAACAACUUUGAAAGCUACAUACUUUCCACAAACACUUGAUGCAAUGAGCUAUGAAGAAUAUUAGAGUGUAACAUCCUGAAGAAUAAAACAUUAGUGGUGUUGAAGCUUAUUUUUUAUGCCUUUUUCACAAGUGGUACCUGUCUAAACGUCUCAGAUACGAUAUGUAAAAGGAGUUGUGUUUUAUUAGCAAUCAAAACAUAAAUUUGGGUACAGGUUUUAAGUGCCUAAAUGGAUAAACUGCAUUGAAGACUUAUUACAUAUUUUCAACAUUCUUAACCCUGGUAAGUUAUGCUUGUUAACAUUAAAUAAGGAACAUAUAAAUAAAAGUUGCAACCUAAUACUGAGGUACAUCUUUAUAGAGGAGCAGAGUGACUCAGCAAUACCAAUUCCAAAUUAGAACUCCCCUGUAUCAAAUCAAAAAUCUGGAUUGUUUAACCCUCCAAAUUUUAGUUUAAAAAAAAACAAACCCUAAAUUUGCACAGAGUAGAUUUCUGAAAAUACGUAAGCAGUGCCUACAAUGAUGUCUUGUGUUGUGUACUAGAUUUUUGAAAAGUAUUUUUAUCAAUAAUACAAUAUUCAGAAAUAGAACAGAAGUGUAAUGGAUCGUAGCCUUAAAGUUUAAAUAGCAAAUCUAGAUUAUCCAUAAACAUGCUACAUUUUCCUGAUAAAGCACACCUCCUACUAAUCAACUGUCUGCUUAGAAAUGCUCAGUGUAUAUUACUAAUUCAUUGUUCUACAUAGAACGAGAUGCUUUGAUAAAAAUGGCUUGCUUCAAAGCAGUAACUUUUUCAAUGGAGGGGAAAAUGAAUAUGUGAUAAUUUGGGUAAGGUUAUAGAUGUCCAGUCCCUUCUCUUGAAAACUGGAAAAAAGGGGAUGUUAUAUCACAAAGGUUAAGAAUUUGUUGUCAGCUGUGGAAAAACUCAUGUUACUAUAUUUAAUGACUAAGUGUGCACUGCAAUCUAAAAGCUUUCUGAUGCUUGUAAAGAUUUACCUGUCUCAUUGCAGAUGACAACAACAGAGGCAGUACUUUGUGCUAGGUUUUUGUUUAACUACAUUGUGUGGUUUGUGGUUCUAGGGGAAAAUUGACGUGGGAAUUUAAAAAAACCAAGAAACCCUGUGCCAUGACAUCUCACCUAAUUUGGUGUAAAAUGCAGGAUAAAUUGCAACAUUUUCUUUACAUGAAUAUAUAGGUUUCUCAGGGUACAGCAUUGCAUUAGGUGCUGAACAUGACAUCUUUCGGAUUCACAUCCAAGUCAUGAGGUGCUAGGAUGAGACUGCCAAAACAUUGUGUUUAAAUUUUUCAAUUAACCAUUGGUUAACAAACUACAUUUUGUAUCCCCUCAUUGGCCACAAUUAUGCAAACCUGUGGUAAUUCAGUUUUAUUAAUCCCAUCCAGAUUUGAGUUUUGGGUUUCUUUUUGUUGGAUUGUAGCUUUUUAUAUCAAGCAAGAUGUGUUCUAACCAGCACUAAAUUAUUUAAUCAGAAAAAAGUACUUGCCUCAAAUGCCUGGAGUUUAGAUAAUUUGGUAUCUAGUAAAGGAGUUAUUUACUUUUUAAAUGUAAUAUGAACUUUUUUGUUUUAAUUUCCCCUUUUCUCCCUCCUUGGCGACUUAGUGUACCCUGAACAUUUUCUGUGUUUCAGUAUUUAAUCAAUGCCCUUGGUUUUACAACUGAUCAUUACUUAAAACAGUGACUAUGGCAGUUCUUGCAUGGAGAUAUGACAAAGCUGCCUUUAGAUGGAUCUGGGCAAGGGGCUUAGAAAUGGAAACAUGGAGGUUUUUUACCUCAAAUUUCUAUGAGACAUUGGAACAUUUUGUUUGGGGGGAGGGGGAAGAAAGGGACAGAGACACAUUUGCUCAACAAACAUUACAAAAAUCCUUGAUUUUAUUUACAGUUCAAGGCAUUUACAAUGUUUCUGUGUUGCCAAAUAGUUUGCUGGUUAUAAGUUUGGUUGCUCACGUGCAAGUGUAUGAAUAAUGUUCUGUUCAUGAUGAAGGGGGAAAUUUUUUAUAUAAAGUACUUGUUUUAUAAAUUAAAGAAAAUGAAGGAUGUAAUUAAAUGUGUGGUUUGAAAAAAAAAUCCUAAUAUAUUACAAAUGGAUCUGGUUAUGAUAUAUAGUUGUCUUAUUUGAAAUAGUAAAUGAAAACUCUAGCUAAUUUAAUGAUUGUAAAACAGUAAAUAUGUUCUUGUAGUUUUGUAUAAUUAAUUAGUUGAGAUCUUUGCUGGCCAGUUUUAAUUGUGCAGAAGAUGGUACACUAAUCUAUAACAGCUAAGAUCAUUUAUAUUCUUGCACAUCUAUUAAAGACUUUAAUGAAAAAGCCAAUAGACUUAUUAUUUAUCACCACAUUGAUAGAUUUUUUUUUUAACUGAGAGCCUUACGGUUAUUGUAAAUUAAAAUAUUCACCAAGGUUUAUAUUUUGAUACUGUAUUGUGUUUUUAUUCUUUAUUUUUGGACCAUAACCAAUGCCUAAAUCAUUGAGUCUGGUCCAACAGUUUUCCUGUGGCAGAAAAUUUAUUUUGUUCAAAUAUUGAACUUUUACUUCAGUGUUAAUAUGAGGCGCAUUCUUUCACGGCGCAAUAUGUGUAGCCAAGUAAGGUCAAAAUAACUGAAAGAAAAUGCAGACUAGUCAUUUUUGUUUUUUAUUCAUAACCUUUAUGAGAAGAAAUGAGUUCAGGGAUUGUGAAUCCAAAUAUCAUGUAAUGCACGAAUGAAUUACCCUGUUUUGUGAAAACAGGUGUCUGUCCCAUGAGAAAAUGAAGCACCUAUUGUAUAUCAGUGUUUUUCUCUCUCUCCCCACAAAUUGUUGUUAAGCUAUUACUGAAUGUAAUGAUCUGCGAUCAGUAAUGAAAUGUUUAAAUUUACAACAUUUAACUGCAACUGUCUUGGUAACCAGCUGGAAAUACAUGACAAGUCGUGUAUAAUUUUAAAGCACAAAAUCUGAUCUUAAAAAUG